CCUUGUAGGAGUUCAUGUUUCUAAUAAACGUUACGUAAUUUUUAUCUUCACUUCUCCGCUUCUAUGAUUGUUCUUGCGUCUCUUUAUGUCAACUAGAGGUUUAACCGCGGUUUAUUUGCCUAUAAAUUUAAGGAUUUUAAAUGUUAAAUAUAAUUUUUUUUUUGUAAAAAUAAAAUUAAUUAAUUUUAUUUUUGUGUUAUAGAUACUAUCUCAUAAAUCAUUAAGUUUAAUAUUUGCUUAUGUCGGUUGCUUUGUUUAGACUUCAAAAUUCGAAAUCCGGUUUUAAGUAAUUACUGCAAAAUUAGGGAGGAGGCAAACGAUAUACUCUUCCCUCGCACCUUUUGAACCAUUAAACAACCAUUGUUUUUCCUCCAAAAAUUUUUGAAUUUGAAAAAAAUGGGUAUUUUACAGUUUUAGUUAUUCAGUUUUCUUUAAAAAAAAAAGCAAAAAGAAAUCACAAAAUUCUUUUACAUCUAAUCUAUUAAAAGAGGAGUAUAAAUUUAAACUACCCCUUAGUUUUACAAAUUAUUUACAAUAGCAUGCCACUAAAGUUAUUAAUUAAUAAAUCUAACUUUUAGUAUUAUUUGUCUUUUCCUAUUUUAUUAUAUAUAUAUAUGUGGUCUGUAUUUGAUGACAAAAUAUAUAUAUAUAUAUAUCAUAAUUAAAUACAUGUUAAUUAACUUACCUUUUAGAUUUUUUUCUUUUUAAUUAUCUACCUAGCUUUUUAAAAGCUAUAUAAUUAUAUUUUUAUUAUAUAUAAGUAAUAACUAAAAUAAAAGUCACAUAAAAAGAACGAUUUAUAUAAUAUAUAGAUCAAUAUAUAAAUAUAUUAUGUUACAUAUAUUUUCAUAUAAAUAGUAGUCCAAUGUAAAUUUAGUAUGAUAAAUGCUGGAAGUAGAAAAUAUAUAGCACCAUAUAUUUUAAAAAAUAAAAGUACAUUUGAUCCAUAAAAGAUACAUUUGUACGGAUAUACAGAUCAUAUUCAAAAAAUAUUACUGAUACAAUUGAUCGUUUAUAAAAUAAACAUAUUUAAAAAGAUCAUAUUAGACAAUUAUUUAAACGGACAAAUUUUAAAAUAUAGAUUAUCAUUUAUACAAAUAAAUAUUUAUUUUUAAAAAUAAAAAUAAACAUCUGUACAGAUGCGCGGAUCAAGCUCUAGUUGCUAAUUAUUACAACAAUAAAAAAUAUAUAAUAUCAUUAUGGGGAUUUAUUUGGUAAAUUCUGUUUGACCAUUUUUCAUUACCUAAAAAUCUGUAAAAUUAAUUCGGUAAACGAGAAAGAAAAAAAAACAAGAUUUGUUGAUAACAUAAAAAGAAGGACACCAGGUGGACCCAACCCAACAGAUUCAGAAUCUCAGGGUCGUUCGUUUUGCUCUCCAAGCUCGAGCCAUAGUGUGGCUACCUUGUAACCGUCACACGUCAUCUCUACUCUUUCUUCUUCGCCAAGCGUUCUUCAGUAUCACUCACUCGCGUCCUUAGGUGAAACAAACAAGAUUCCUCAUGGCGAAAACAGCUAGAACUCCUUCCGCGUCUCACGGAACUGGUCCCGAAGCUCCAAGAUCCGAUGCCGCCGGCUCACCCGCUGCUACUGAUUCUCAGAAACGCGGCCGUGGACGACCGCCGAAGUCCAAAUCCGACUCUCAGGACGGUGCCGUUUCAGCAGCUCAGCCGGCUAGGAAACCAAGCGGUCGCCCGAAAAGAAACCUAGCUACAGCAGCUGUUGCGACUGCGCCUGCGGCAGCAGGUAGGCCAAGGAGGUCGAACACUGUGCGUGCGACGGAGCCUCAGGUCACGGCUGGAGAUGGAUCUAGGAAGCGUGGGAGGCCAAAGAAAGAUGAUGUGGCAGCUCCAGCUAAGAAACAACGUGGACGGAAACCUAAAUCUGAACCUGUUGCUAAGAAGACUGUGGGCAGGCCAAAGAAUGGAGCAUCAGACCCAAGAGAGCUCAAGAAGAAAGCCGCACUCUUACAAAAGAAAGUGAAGCAGGCUGCAGAUAAGCUGAAGAUAGCAGUUUCAGCAAUCGAGGAGGUCCAAGAGAUAGCUGCAGGAAUGUAGAAGCUGUGAUGUGACACGUCCACAAAAAUCUUAAUGGUGUUAGGGAAACAUUUGUUUGGAGAAUUUAAGACUGAUUGAUUUGAUGUUUGAUUUCCAAAUUUAGGUUUGUCUGUACGUUCGUAGGGAGUGGUACAAGAAGAGAAAACAGUUUUAGUGUUAAUUGGUUCGUACUCUUUGAUGAUCUCUUGUGUAGCUGUUACAUGGGGAAUCUACCCUUUUGUGAGUUUAACUCUUUUGUUCUGAAUUGAAUGUUUUGUAGUGACUAAACUGUGUUAUGCUCUGUC